AUGUUUAAUAAAACUAAAAGAAUCAGAACCACAACUGGUAGAAAGAAUUUCGAGGCCAAUCCAUUGAAAUCUUUCUACUUGGAAAAAGAAUCGCUAUCGUCGCUAUAUAAUACAAGAUUAUCAUUCUAUGAAAGUCCCCCAAUCAGUGAGAUCACUCUUGAGGAUUUCGAACAAUGGGCAAUUGAUCGUUCGAAAGUGUUGAUCGAAAUUGAAAGUUGUUUGGCACGGAAUAAGACCAUGAAGGAGAUGAUUGGAGAAUUGAAACCGCUAUUGGCCAAACAUCUACCAUUAUCGGCCUUCAAUGGUAAAAACGAGGAUCAAGUUGUGAGUGAAAGAAUCAAAGAUCACUACUCACAUUUCAUUUUACGAUUAGCAUUUUCCAGAAGCCAAGAACUAAGAGACAGAUUCGUCAAGGCAGAAAUUGCCCUCUUCAAAAUCCGAUACAUAUCUCUCCUAACCAAUCUGGAACAGGCAGAAUUCCUCAAGACGUUAAAUAUCGAUUUCGACCCAGUUAACGACCGGGAAAAACAGGAAUUUCUGGACCAGCUAUACGAUAGCAACUACGCGAAUAUCUUGUUCCAUUUGAAAUCCAAUAUCGAUUCUAAUUCGGGUAUACAGGUCAACAAUCAACUCAUCAAGCAACAGUUUGCUAAAGAGCAUUUCAUCAAAGUGGAGUUUGAUUCGGUGAUGGAGUCCGUAUCUAAUAGAUCUGUUUUUUUAAGAAACGGGUACGCCUACAUUAUGGCGUCGCAAUCGAUGGGUUUGUUGGUCAACGAAUUUUCUAAAAAAUUAUCAUCAGCAUUGGUAAGAACCGCCUAUAUUUAUCCACGGCUUGAUGAAGAUGACAGACUUUUGCCAAUCUUGAACCAUUUAUCCUCGAAUUACACCUCCAUUGAAUACCAGCCAGAAUAUGCUCUGAGAGGUGGUGAGUCCGGGGACAUCAAUGCUGAAUCUAUCACCACAGAACCUAUAAUGAAACAUUUCCCACUCGAAAUGAAAUACUUGAUGAAGGCCGUGAUGCGAGAAAAUCAUUUGAAGUACUUGGGUCGUACUCAAUUAACUUUAUUUUUAAAAGGUAUCGGGUUGAGUGUUGAUGAAAGUGUCAAGUUUUUCUGUAAAUGGUUUACCAUGAAUGGCAAACUAACACAAGAGAAGUUCUACAAAGAAUAUAAGUAUAAUAUUCGUCAUUGUUAUGGUUUAGAAGGUUCUAGAAUUAAUUAUAAACCAUGGGACUACGCUACCAUUUUGGCCAAACCAAAGCCUGGGAGAAAUGAGUACCACGGCCUGAUUUUCCGUGAUUUGAAACCAGAGGCCUUAGUCAAUGAAUUAAAGGAAGCAGGAAUUACAGACCAAUAUGACUUAACAGUCAUCUUGGAUGAUUGUGCAAAAGGCAAUUAUAUCAUUGCCAUCACUAGAGUUUUCGAGAUCUUGCACAAGGAUGAAUUAGAUAAUAGUAAAUUCAAGUUUGAAGGUAGUAAUAUUGUCCAUCCAAAUCUUUGGUUUGAUAGAUCAAGACAGUUGGAAAGACAAUCCAGUGAGCAGAAGGUUGAAAGUGAUUCUAAGAAGUAA